GGGGGUGCUGGUGUGAGUGAAUGUGUGCGACUCAGCGAGGGUGCAUGAAAUUGGAUGUGGUCUUGGAAGCAAGUAGGAGCUGACAGGAGCUGAAAAAGACAAGAGAAAAAGCGAAAGACAGCUACUGCCAAAGUUACAUGCAUUACGUGCACCAUUGGAUCAUAGCUGUUUGGGUUUAGAUCCGCUCGAUCUGCUGUGGAGUUUCAAAAUCUGCAGGCUGUUUCCCUGGAAGUGUUGUUUUUAGGUCAAGGACUGUUUUCUUGUGGGACAUUUUCUAUUUUGGAUUAUUUAUUCACUGUACUCCAUUCAGGUGGAGAGUUUAACUUUAGUGGAGAGACUACAAGUAACUGCAAAAGGCCCCAGCGUUUGGCAAACUCGUUCCAAACCGAUCUGGUGCUCGAUCUAUUUAGUAAUUAUUCUGCAGCAGCAAUCAAAUGAAAACCCUGGCAAUGCAAGAACAAACAGUAAAUCACUAUUCACCUUUUAUUUCUAAGAGCAUAUAGUUUUAUGCAUGCUGCUCAAUGUAAAAACUGUCUUGGUUCCGUGGGUCUCUGCAGAAGAGACAGCAAUACAAGUUUGCAGUCUCUCUAGACUCCAGUUGAAUGCAUUAAUAGCUUAUGGCAGUUCACUCGCACUGCAUCUUAUUUUUUUUUUAAUUUUACAUAGAUGUUGCAAAUGGUCUACUGUGUUAAUCUGAUAAUCUGUGCAAAAUCUGCACGGUGUCUUGGCAAUGUGUUACUUUCCAAAACUGGGUGCAAUCCCUUCGAAUUUAAGCAGCAAAGAUAAACAAUAAAACACAGCCGCGCUCCAACCUCUGAGCUAUCGUAUGUUCAGGUCCAAACGUACGGGACUGGUGCGGCGACUGUGGAAAAGCCGUGUAAUUGCGAAUGGGGAGACGGGAGAUGGCGGCAGCAGGAGCAGCGAUGAGUGGCUGGAAGAGAUGGGCAGCCGAACUCCUGAAAAGGUUGUCCGAUCAGAGAUUUAUCCAGCAGCAGGGCUUAACUGCCCAGGAAUGGUGAGGGGCUUGGAUAGCCACCGACCAGGCAGGAGGACUGCUGGGCACACUGUGGACCAAGAGGAUACUGAGGAGGAGGAGAUGUGUACCCGGAGUCCGCGGGAGGAGGAGUCGUCCCCGCGGUCGGUACUACGGGAGAAAGAAGGCACGACGGUGACUUGCUGCUUAUUUAAGGAAAGGGACUCCUUGACUUCCCGGCGUCUCGAUUCCUCUCGUGGGGACGUUAAUCACCUGCAGCUGGAGUGUGACCAUUCGUCCGGUGGCAGGGACCUAGAUCCAUCAUGCUGCCUGCGGCAAGGUGAUUGGGAUGCCAGGGCCCAUGUUGUUGCGGAUCAGGAGCUUAAGUCGGCCACAUAUUCCUUGUUAAAGCGCCUUAAGGAGAGGGCGCUGGAUGUGCUCCUCGAGGCCGUGGAGUCGAGGGGAGGCCUGUCGGGUGGCUGUGUGAUGGCGUCCCGUGCUGAGGUGCGCCUUGGUAACGGGCAACUUACAGCACCGCCGCACUUCCUGCUUUGUAAACUUUUCCGCUGGCCAGACUUGCAGCACUCCGGUGAACUCAAGUCCUUGUGUGAGUGUCAGAGUUUUGGGUUCCUGGACAGUCCUGUUAUCUGCUAUAACCCUCAUCAUUUCAGUCGACUCUGUGGCCCAGAAUCUCCACCGCCUCCAUAUUCACGGCUUUCUCCAAAUGAUGAGCAAAAGCCACUGGAUAUUUUGGAUUCAACGCUAUCAUACACUGAAACAGAACCUACAAACUCCACAAACAUCACUCCUGGGGAUUUUUCAGAUGUCAGUAUGUCACCUGAUACCACAAAACAGACUCAUUGGUGUAAUGUUGCUUACUGGGAACAUCGGACACGUGUGGGGCGCCUUUACACAGUGUAUGAACCUUCUGUCAGUAUAUUUUAUGACCUACCUCAAGGAAAUGGCUUCUGCCUUGGACAACUUAAUCUGGAAAAUAGGAAUGAGAUUGUUAGGAGAACUCGAAGUAAAAUUGGUUAUGGGAUAUUACUCAGUAAAGAGCCAGAUGGUGUUUUUGCCUACAAUCGGAGUGCCCAUCCUAUUUUUGUAAACUCUCCAACAUUGGACAUUCCCAACUGCAGGACAUUAAUUGUUCGCAAAGUGAUGCCUGGCUAUUCAAUCAAGGUCUUUGAUUUUGAGAAGUCAUGCCUUCUACAACACAAUGCUGAUCUGGAUUUCACAGAUGGGCCUUAUGACCCCAAUAGUGCUCGGAUCAGCUUUGCAAAAGGCUGGGGUCCAUGUUACUCAAGACAGUUCAUAACAUCAUGUCCUUGUUGGCUGGAGAUACUGCUCAAUGUCAACAGAUAACAGUCACCUUCCAUUAUUGGAAGAAUGGUGUAGAAGCAGACUAUUCCAAAUAUCAUCUACCUAGAUUUAAUAUAAAGUUUUAUAUAUUAUAUGGAAAUAUAUAUUAUACUUGUAAAUAUGGAGUCAUUUUUACUGCGUAAUUAUUUAUGUACGGUGCAAUGUGUUAUAUCGACAGAAAAAAUGCACUUUGGAGUCUAUAAAUUCUUUCAGUACAGAUUAAAAAGUAUACAACAAAAUAUGAAGUUAAACCUCAGUUUUGAUGUAUAGUUUUUGGAAUACUAUUAUUACUCAAAGACAAAAGCUAAUACCAGUCACUCAUUGAUAAUAAAGUGUUCACAUUAUAUCUGAA